AUGAUGGACGUGGACAACGACAAAGACGAUCUGCCCUCCGCCACAGAUCACAGCGAGCACGAAUCGGCUGAUAUGGUCAAGGUGGACGGCGCCGCGCGAGACACUCAAAAACCAGCUUCCAAUUCCAAGGACCCCUCGCGGCCUCGCAGAAAGAAAGCACGUCGCGCCUGCUUUGCUUGUCAGCGGGCGCAUCUAACUUGCGGCGAUGAGCGUCCUUGUCAGCGAUGCAUCAAGCGCGGUCUGCAGGAUGCAUGCCAUGAUGGAGUGCGAAAGAAAGCAAAGUACCUUCACGAUGCCCCAGAUGGUGCUCUUAUGCCUGGAGCUGGCGGAGGUUACUUCAACCAAGGGAACGGUCUUCCUAAGAAUGCCACGAACAAUUUCGCGCCAAACGGAAACAACGCGCAACAACCGCAGCCAAAGCCGAACAACAUAUAUACAGGCUCGACGCCGGCGCCAGCGCCCACCUUUAAUGCAAACGGCUCGUUUGAUGCGAAUACUACACCCAGUCAAGUGCUGACAGAUAGUGCGUCCAUGAACCCGGGUCCUUUCACUGCCACGCCAGCUUCGCCUACAUUCAGUAUCUCCGCCUCCUCCGCUAUACCAAAUAUUUCGCAGCCGGCCAGCGAUAUGGCACCGGGCACGGGCGCGGCGCAGAACUCCUUCGGGGCAUUUUUUGAUCCUAGCGACCCGGCUUUGUUCAAUUUUGAUCUUGCCAGCAUGAAUUUCGGCAAUCGGUACGGUGCAUUGGAGUUUGGGAUGCUAGGCCAUAUGGCUACAGGUGCUGGAGACACACCGCCCAGUGACAGUGGCGCACAGAGAGGCUCGAUUGGACAGCGCAGUAACUCUCAACAGUUCGGAACACCUGCUCCGGGAACCUUUACCGAUAGUCCCAAUCAGCAGUCAUUCAUGUUUGGGGAUCCAGUCUUGAAUGAAUGGUCGACGGGGCAAAAUCCCAAUCGAAUGGGUCUAUACGGUCAAGGAGGAAUGCACCUGUUGCAACAGCAACAGAAACAAGAUGCGCCUCAUGCAUAUGCCAUUGGAUCUGGUGCCUUUGCCAGUCCUUCAUCGACAACGAGCCCUCAUACAUCGACAGCGCCGGCGGCGGCUUUUGAGGAAUCGCCAAUGAAGACCAAAACGGUGAUAUCAACCCCGCAUCUGCGCCACCAGAGCCUAUACACCACUUCCAAUAAGAGACGGCUGCGGGAGCCAUCGGCUAUCUACGAGAGUGUUAAGGAGCCAUAUUCAUACACUGGCGGGUUUCAUAAAUUGAUUGCCUAUAUUAAGAGACGAUUUUCACCGCCGAAGACGGUGCGCAUCGCCAAGGCAUUAGCGUCGAUCCGACCAUCGUUCAUCGCUACGACCAAGACACUGGAUCAAGACGAUCUGAUAUUCAUGGAGAGAUGUUUCCAGCGCACGCUGUGGGAAUACGAAGAUUUUAUCAAUGCCUGUGGAACACCCACCAUUGUAUGUCGUCGCACUGGCGAAGUAGCGGCUGUCGGCAAGGAAUUUAGUAUUCUAACGGGAUGGAAGAAGGAGAUUUUACUGGGCAAGGAGCCGAAUAUGAACGUCAAUACAGGAAACCCUCAAUCCUCAGAACCCAACCCCUUCUCCUCAUCGUUAUCGCGCAGCAGCGGCGGAGCCAGUGGUCCUGGUCCCAGACUGUUUAACCAAGAUAACAGCAACACGGCAGCGGUGUUUCUGGCGGAACUUCUCGACGAUGACAGCGUGAUUGAGUUCUACGAAGAUUUUGCGCGACUUGCAUUUGGCGACUCGCGCGGCAGCGUGAUGAAUACGUGCAAGUUGCUGAAAUACAAGACGAAAGAAGACAUGGAUCUGGUCAAGACGGAUGAUGGAAGAUGGAACUCGGCGGCGCAUCAUGUGGGCAAGGGAGGCAUUGUUGGAGAGGCUGGCAUGAAUCGGUUAGGGUUCAAAGAUGGACGGGUCGAGUGUAGUUAUUGCUGGACUGUGAAGAGGGAUGUUUUCGAUAUACCCAUGUUGAUUGUUAUGAACUUCCUACCGCACAUUUGA